CUGCAACCAUCUGUGCUGUAUGGGUGAGAACUACACGUCGGUCCUCUUUUCUUCCACCGCAGAAAGGAAAGAGAUCAACAUACAGUUGCGACUUCUGACUAACAACUCAUUUCCGAGUCUCUCCGCUUUUGAUUGAAGUCACCGAGGUCAUUUCUGGCCAAGUCGCUGAAUAUUUAUCAGCAACGAAGGCGAACGAUAGCUCGUCUAAAGAGGAACGGGGUUAACUCUAGUAAUCGGACUACGGCUGAUGGCAGAGGACAAUCCGUAAGCGCUGAAGACUGUAAAGUAAGGCAGAGAAAACCUUGGUGAAAGUCUCUUGUAUAACACUUGAGUUUUUCUCUUGCCUUACGUCUACGACUUCAGACAGUCUUAGACUUACUCUCCGCUAUCAGCCUAUGUUUACGGCGUUACGAUUUGACCUUUGGCCCUGUAGCAGCUCGUCCAUAUAGAACAUGUUUUUUUUCUUAACGAUAACGUCAGCUCCAUACUUUGCGCGCGAUCGUGCUAUGUUUAUCACAGUAACAUUAGAGUUGAAGUAAUGGAGAAGACCGGUGAACUCGAGCGACACAAUUCUAUGUAUACAAUUAUAGAUGUUGACGCCAAUUCUAAUGAGAUUGAAAUUAACUACCUGGAGGGUACCAUGUUGGGUAAUUCUACUGCCAUUCAACGUCCGAAGGAUCAAGCUUCCACUAAUGGAGCCCAAAGCGGCGCUGGAAGAAAGAUCUCCGCUCCAGCGAUGGAGCGCAAUUCGACCUAUACGCGCAACGCGUCAGGCUUGGACUCGGAUCACCUGACGCUCUGGCAGCAUCCAAUUACGACGUUGCGUUAUUUCUUUAGCGAAGUGUUCAUAAAUGUGCUCAGUUUAGCGAAGAAAACGUUGCUCUACAAACGAACUGUGUGCGCUAUGAUUUCAAUUCUAGUACUGUUUCUUCUGGCAGGCAGAAUCUCUGGUCCCCAACAAGAGACUUUUAAAUUGUGGGAAGCCAAAAUUAUAUGGUCGUUAUAUUGGGUAGGAUUAGGCGUGUUAUCAAGUGUAGGCCUCGGCACGGGCCUGCACACCUUUGUAUUAUACUUAGGGCCGCACAUAGCGGCUGUCACUAUGGCAGCGUACGAAUGUGGCGGUCUCAACUUCCCCGAACCACCGUACCCCGACCAAAUAAUAUGCCCGACGAAGAUCGAUCCGCUGUGGACAGUGGGUAUAUUAAACAUUAUGAAGAAAGUGCGCGUGGAGGCUAUGCUGUGGGGAGCCGGCACUGCGCUCGGCGAGUUACCGCCGUAUUUCAUGGCCCGUGCGGCGAGGAUAAGCGGGAAGCACAGUAAGAAUGAGAAUUUCGAUCAAGAAGAUCUGAAGGAGUUGGAAGCUCUGGAAGCGCUAGAAAACGGGGAAAACGUAUCGUUUGUAAUGCGCAUCAAAUUAAGUAUGAAGCGAUUCGUUGAGAAAGCUGGAUUCUGGGGCAUAUUAGCUUGCGCAUCGAUUCCAAAUCCACUGUUCGACCUGGCUGGUCUGACGUGUGGCCACUAUCUCAUUCCAUUCUGGACGUUCUUCGGCGCAACCCUCGUAGGAAAGGCUGUUAUCAAGAUGCACAUACAGCAAUUAGCAGUGAUCAUAGCGUUCAAUGAAGAACUUUUAGAUAAAUUUAUUAGCUUGUUAGCAAUAGUGCCGUUUGUUGGCACAAAAUUCCAAGAACCAUUGAAGAAAUAUUUCAUUGCACAGAAGCAAAAGCUGCACGACAAGUCCUCUAUGGAAGGGGCAACUACAAUAUCAUGGAUGUUCGACAAAUUUGUAACAUUGAUGGUUUGUUAUUUCCUAGUGACAAUUGUUCACGCAUUAGCGCGAAAUCAUCACCGUAGACGAACUAAGCCGUCGAUCGAUUAAAACCUAUGAAAAACAUAGGAUAGUUAGAAAUAUGAAAUUAGUUCCACUGCAACAAUAUUUAUACAGAUGUAUAAUUUAUUUUUCACGGGACAAAAAAAAACAAAUAGUGCGAGGAGCGUGUUAAAGUUUCACACAAUUUCAGUGUUGCGACAAAAACAUUUUGCACAACGGUGCAACGGUUAAGUAACUUUUUCUCUUCUCUUAUUCCAAACGUAUGUUCAUAUUGCAAUAUUUCGUAAGAGUAUCUGUUGCAAGGCUCUCCUGUUAUAUACAUGUCAACAUGUGCGUUUGCGCGCGCGUAUGAGUGCAUGUGCGUGCGUGUGUGUGUAUGUAUAUAGACACCGAUCUUUUAUAAGCAAGAUUUAUUGUACAGUGCAUGAAACAAAUAUGUAAGCGAUAAUCCGCAACUUUCCUGCACCAUCGAUCCAUAAUCAAGCUUCUGCGUAUUACAUCGGUAGCGAGGAUUGGACUAAGACAUUUGCGAGUAAUGAGAAAAAAAUCCUGUAAUCAAUAAAACUAGUAUCUAGCCAAAUUUCUAUAAGUUUUGUAUGCGCGUUUUGAGCACACACAGGAGUGAAUCUCAAAUCAACCCAUAAUCUCUCGCAUUAACGAGACAUGUAAUAAAUGACUGAUACACGAAACGAAUAAAAAGCGUUAAUACAAUUAAGAAUAAAGUUAUAGUACGCUGUUA